AUGAGAGGUGCUCGAGGAACGGUCUUGCUUCACGUCCACCACAACAAUCUCCUUUUCGUCGGGGUGACCACAAAAGAGGUAGAGCCGCUCUUGCUUCUCGACCUUCUCCAGCAGAUGCAGACGACCCUCGCGUGGUACUGCGGCACUGCCUCUUCGGCGCUGCCUGCGUCGCUCCGCGGGGGCUCGGUCUCCGCCGAGGCGCCUCUCACGGAGGAGACGCUGCGGAAACACUUCUCGCUCAUCUACGUCCUCCUCGAUGAAAUGAGCUCCUCAGGCUACCCUGCGACAGUUCAAAGCAACGUCCUGCAGAUGCUCGUGCCGCGGCCCUCAGUCAUCGAAACAGCCAUGAAACUCGUGAACGGCUCGUCUCGCGUCUUGAGUUCUCUCGCGGCGUCGUUCGGCCUCGCCGGGUCACCGGGGCAAGCAGGCGCCGCCGAGGGGCGGGGAGGGCAAUGCGUCAGACCGGCGCUCGAGUCCGAAGCAGGCGCAGGCAUGGGCUGCGGAAGCGGUUCGGGCGAGGGCGGCGGCAUCAGCGGCGCGGGCAGCGAUCGAUGGUGGCGGCGGGGCAACGUGCACUACGCGUCGAACGAGGUCUACGUCGACGUCGUGGAGGCGGUUCACGCCGUCGUCGACGCAGACGGCAAGAUGGUUCAGGCAUCGCUCAGCGGAUCGAUUCAGAUGAACAACCGUCUGAGCGGGCUGCCAGAGCUUUGCCUGACCCUGCGGAAUUCAGCCCUCUUGAAGGAUGCGUCGUUCCACCCUUGUGUCAAGUUGCCUCGGUUUAAAAGAGAUGGGGUUCUCUCUUUCUGUCCCCCCGAUGGCGAGUUCGUUCUCGCAUCCUACUGGCUCUGCGACAGCAAAUUUACCCUUCCGCUAUCGCUUUCCGGCACUGCGGCGUUUCCCUCCCCGUCGCUCCCGCCGCCCAAGUUCGGACACCCCACACCCCACACUGUCUCCGGUCUCCGACGAGGCAGUGGGCCUCCGGGCGCCGCAUCGCUCGCCGGCCGCUUCGAGCUGCGCCUCGCCCCGUUCUGUCCCGUUGGGGCCUCUGCGUGCCCAGGCAGUGCCUCGGGAGUUGCGAAUCUCUUGAGUUCGAGAACGAUGGAGUGUGUUGCUGUCUCGAUUCCUCUUCCCGCCUUCGUCGACAGCGCCACGGCGACAGCCACGUGUGGCGCCAUCCGCUAUCUCCACAACUCUUCAUGUCUCCUCUGGGAGGUUGGCUCGCUCGCGUUUGAUGCGCCCACACAAAAGGCAGAAGGAACGCUUACUCUGGUCGCUGAAGAGGCAAAGCGGGUGGAUGUCCUUUCUCCCUGUGAAACAACCCUCGUGGCCUCUGUCCAGUUCCUCAUUAAAAACUGGGUCCCCUCCGGCUUCAAGCUCGACUCGCUCGAUGUCUCCAACAUCAACGUCCCUCCUUACAAGGGGUGUCGAUACAGCACAGUUGCAGGCACUGUUGAGUUUCGUAUCGAUUCUCGGACCCGGUGA